AGCAUUCAAACCUCAGAUCUGCGGAGCACAGAGCAGUAGGCGUAUUCGUGAAACAUGGAACGGAGGCGAAAUACUCGCCAGGUUUGGACUGCUAACAUCAAAAUAGAUGUUGUGUAACCUUUGAUUUUGAAGUUUUCUGGUACAAAAAAGUGUGUUUGAAACGUGUUUACAAGUUGUGCCGUGCGAAUUUGUUUCGAAACCAGAACUGUAGCACACUCGUGAAGUGGGAAGAAUAACAUAAAAAACCAGCUGCAAAGUUCUCGACCUAUCCCAUCGAUUUCUUAAAGUCCUUAUAAGCCCAGCUUAAACCCACGCACUCCGCCAGGAUGGACCGACACUUUCCCAACAGUAGACACAGCUUCCGGAAUCCGUUUGGCCAGCGACCAUGGAUGGAACAAAAUGGAGCGGCUGCUGCAGCUGGUGGUGGUACCGGACUCAAAGGAAUCGUAGCCGGCGGAAUAACCGGUGGUAUCGAAAUUUGCAUCACUUUCCCGACAGAAUACGUAAAAACGCAACUUCAGUUGGAUGAAAAAGGUGCCACCAAGCAGUACAACGGAAUCGUGGACUGCGUAAAGAAAACGGUGAAGAACAACGGUUUCUUCGGUCUGUACCGUGGUUUGAGUGUACUGCUCUACGGAUCGAUACCCAAAUCGGCGGUCAGGUUCGGCGCCUUCGAGACUUCCAAAGGACAGCUGAUGGAGCCUAAUGGUCAGUUGAGUACCUCGGGGAAGCUGUUGGCCGGUCUAGGAGCAGGAGUGGCGGAGGCCAUUCUCGCAGUCACGCCUAUGGAAACCGUGAAAGUAAAGUUCAUCAACGACCAACGAAGUGCUAAUCCAAAAUUCAAAGGUUUCUUCCACGGAGUUGGCAUGAUCGUACGACAGGAAGGUAUGUCCGGUGUGUACAAGGGACUUACGGCGACCAUCAUGAAGCAAGGCUCGAACCAAGCGAUUCGAUUCUAUGUGAUGGAAUCGCUUAAGGAACUCUACAAGGGUGAUGAUCCAAAGAAACCCGUACCGAAGAUGAUGGUUGGUGCAUUUGGUGCUGUUGCGGGAGCCGCAUCCGUAUUUGGCAACACCCCAAUCGAUGUGGUGAAGACUCGUAUGCAGGGUCUCGAGGCAUCCAAGUACAAGAACACCGUCGACUGUGCCAUUAAGAUUUGGAAGAACGAAGGCCCGCUAGCAUUCUACAAGGGUACCGUUCCACGGUUGAGUCGUGUCUGCCUGGAUGUGGCCAUCACAUUUAUGAUAUACGACUCGUUUAUGGAGCUGUUCAACAAAUUCUGGCGCUAAUUUAAAUGGUUUCGAACUAUCACAGUUUGCCAAUUUAUGCGCAACAUCUUAUCAUGCCAUCUAAAUGUCAACAAGGCAUCGCAACAACGUGAACAAUUUACGAUAAGACUUGUAAACCCGAAAGCGCAUCACAACUAUUGUUGUCAGGGUAACAUUAGCAACGUAGGAAAACCUUUAUCCAUGUAGGACGCAAAGUCUGUGUGCAGGCAUUUUUAGAAGAGGCAAGCUCAAUCUACCUGUAAUAGUCGAACUCAACCGUACACAUAUACAACCCGCAAGGUACGCUUAUGAAACCAAUCGAAAAGUCCUGACGGAUAUCCGUGGAACGGAAUAAACAAAGUUUGUUGAAGUUUAUCAAAAAGGCACCGCUUUGUAAUGUAAUUUGUUAGAAGCACAAAACUCAAAACUAGGAAGUACGCUUUGCGGCACCGAGAGCUUAGGGUUGAGUGUAUCGAAAAUUCCGAACCAUAACAUUGCCAAUUUACUUUCAUUUACUUUUUUCUGUACUCUAACUUUCCGUUGCGUAAAACUUACUCAUUCCAUGUUUUGUGACUAUUUAUCGUACUUAGACUAUUCAUUCGAAUCAAAAGUGCACCCGAGGAGAAGUGGUGCACUUAAAACUUUUACUUUUACAUUCUGGACAGGCACACUAAUAUUAUAACGUUACAUUUUAUGGUUUUAGUUACUGCUUUGUGCUAUAAUUUAGCGAAUUUCCAUGCAGUUUUCUUUUUCAACAAUUGGAGAAACGAAAAGAGUCAAACCUAUUUAUUGUUCGAUGUGUAAUAUAUUAAUAUGAAUGUACUAAUAAAAGUAUGAAAACAAAU